AUGCUCAAUCAGCUGGUUGUACGCUUCCCUAGGGCCGAGAUCCUACGCGCUCAUUGGGUUAACGACAGCGUCCGAAAGAACCGGCGGCUCUCUACGCUGCCCUACCGAUUGCCCGAGCCAAACUUCACGCCAUGGACAACUGUACAAGGCUCACUGUACGUUUUGGAUGCUCGGGCCAAGCAGCAGCAAGAAGAAGCCGCGGAUAAGUACAAGAUCGCAGGUUUUGAUCUCGACGGCACGCUGAUCGUCACCAAGAGUGGCAAGAAAUUUGCCAAGGACAAGAACGACUGGAAAUUGUUCCAUCCGACCCUCGUGAGGGACAAGCUGGCUCAAUUAGCGCACGACGGCUUCACGCUGACCAUCUUCUCGAACCAGAACGGCAUUGCCAAAGGACAUAUUUCAGCUGCACAAGUGCAGAGCAAGCUGGAGGCAAUCGUGAAGCAGCUGAAGUUACCGAUGCUGGUAUUUCUGGGGACAGAGAACGAUUUCAUGCGAAAACCGCGUCUAGGUGCCUGGGAGGAGAUGACCAAGUUGCUGAGUAUCAAAGGAGAGGAAGCUGUCGACAAGGAAGCGAGUUUCUACUGUGGGGACGCUGCAGGACGCCCGAAGAUAACUGGACGCGCGAAAGACUUCGCUGCGACAGAUUACAAGUUCGCGCUGAAUGCCGGGAUUCGCUUCUUCACGCCUGAGGAUUUGUUCCUGGGCACAAAGCAGCGUAUUCAUACGCGUCCUGACACAUGGGAGCUCGGCUUUGACCCAAAGUCGAUAGCUCUCCACGACUCUAGUGAGCCAUUGCUCAGCUCUUCUUCAGCACAAGCUGCAAGAGCUGACCAGGAACUCGUUGUUCUCGUGGGUCCACCUGCGUCAGGGAAGUCGUUCUUUGCCAAAAUCUAUCUAAGCUCCUACGUCGUUGUGAGUCAAGAUGAGCUGCGCACUGCUGCUAAGUGCAAGAAAAAGUGCCUAGAAGCGAUUGAGCACAAGGAAAGCGUGGUUAUUGACAAUACCAAUCGUGACCCACGGUCAAGAAAAGAAUGGAUUGCGAUCGCAAAGGAAAAGAGCCUACCCAUCCGAUGUUUCGAAAUGGACGUCGACAAGCCUCUCUCGAUGCACCUCAACACGUUUCGAUCGCUCAUGGAGCAGAAAAAAAUCCCCGACGUCGCCAUCCACGGAUUUUUCAAGAACUUCGUGGCGCCUACGGUGCAGGAGGGGUUCGCAGAGGUGGUGAAAGUCCAAUUUCGAAUCGACAAAAGCCUCACCGAUGCGGAUCAAAUGCUCCUGCGGUCCUAUAUUUGA